UUAUAUAGCGCGAACCCGUUUUGACUGCGUUCGGGCAACGGUCAGCACGUUCGGUCACCUCUUUUACUGCACGCUUCGCUCUCAUUUCUCAAAGAAAAAAAAGAGGAUAAAAUAAAAAUUAAUUUUCCCUUUCUCUCUCAAAAUCACUCCAUCACUUGACUUACAAAGAGAAAGUUUUGAGAAACGCAAAAAGGAAAGUUGAUUUCUUUUUUAUUUUGUUUUUUAAAACUUGCUAAAAGAAAGGGUUUAAAAAAAAGAGUAAUUUUUGGCUUGGUUUUUCUCUUUUCUUUUUCUUUGUAUUUAUGUUUUUGUUGGCUGCCUUUUUUGGGCAUGCUUUUGAAUGGAGGGGAGUGGGAUCAAAGGGAAGGAUUUGAUUGAGGAGAUUUUUUGGGCGGUAAUGGUGGGAGUUGAGAGCUAGGGUUUUUGGUUUUUGGUUUUUUGCUGUAAUGUUGUGUUGUUGGGGUUUCUGUAUUGUUUGGAUCUAAGGAUAUUUAGAUUGAGAGCUUAAAAAAAUUUAAAUUAAAAAGUUGCAGCUUUUAGUUUCCCCUUUCUUUUGUCAAAUGGAAGGAAGCAAAAAGGUUAAAUCUUUGGUUUUGGUUUGUUUGAUCUCGGUGCUACUGCAUCCAUUCUGGCUUAUUUCUGCUAAUGUGGAAGGUGAUGCAUUGCACAGCCUAAGGACCAACUUGAAUGAUCCUAACAAUGUACUGCAGAGUUGGGAUCCUACCCUUGUUAACCCCUGCACAUGGUUUCACGUUACAUGUAACAAUGAUAAUAGUGUUAUUAGAGUUGAUCUUGGAAAUGCAGCUUUAUCUGGUCAGCUUGUACCACAGCUUGGCUUGCUUAAGAAUUUGCAGUACUUGGAACUUUACAGUAAUAACAUAAGUGGACCGAUUCCUAGUGAUCUUGGGAAUCUGACUAGCUUGGUGAGCUUGGAUCUCUAUUUGAAUAGUUUCAGUGGUCCUAUUCCUGAAUCUUUGGGGAGGCUGUCGAAAUUGCGAUUCCUCCGGCUUAACAACAACACCUUGACGGGUCCUAUCCCUAUGUCAUUAACGAAUAUCACAUCACUUCAAGUCCUGGAUCUAUCAAAUAACCAUCUUUCUGGGGAGGUUCCAGAUAAUGGCUCCUUCUCACUAUUCACUCCUAUCAGUUUUGCUAACAACUUCGAUCUAUGUGGCCCGGUUACUGGACGCCCAUGCCCCGGAUCUCCUCCUUUCUCUCCUCCUCCUCCUUUUGUACCACCACCGCCAAUUUCUUCUCCAAGUGGGAAUAGUGUCACUGGUGCAAUAGCUGGAGGAGUUGCAGCAGGUGCUGCCUUACUGUUUGCUGCUCCUGCAAUUGCAUUUGCAUGGUGGCGUCGGCGGAAACCUCAAGAAUUUUUCUUUGAUGUACCUGCGGAAGAGGACCCAGAAGUUCAUCUUGGACAGCUGAAGAGGUUUUCAUUACGAGAACUACAAGUUGCCACUGACAGUUUUAGCCAUAAAAAUAUUCUGGGUAGAGGUGGAUUUGGUAAGGUUUACAAAGGAAGGUUAGCUGACGGUUCACUGGUGGCUGUUAAAAGAUUGAAAGAAGAGCGUACACCUGGUGGGGAGUUACAGUUUCAAACAGAAGUAGAGAUGAUCAGCAUGGCUGUUCAUCGAAAUCUCCUCAGGCUGCGUGGGUUUUGUAUGACACCGACUGAGCGAUUGCUUGUUUACCCCUACAUGGCUAAUGGAAGUGUUGCAUCAUGUCUCAGAGAACGCCCUCCGUCACAACCUCCACUUGAUUGGCCAACACGGAAGAGAAUUGCAUUGGGAUCUGCUAGGGGUCUUUCUUAUUUGCAUGAUCACUGUGACCCAAAGAUCAUUCAUCGUGAUGUAAAAGCUGCAAACAUUUUGUUGGAUGAGGAGUUUGAAGCUGUUGUUGGUGACUUUGGGUUGGCUAAACUUAUGGACUACAAGGAUACCCAUGUAACUACUGCUGUACGUGGCACAAUUGGACAUAUUGCUCCCGAGUAUCUCUCUACUGGAAAAUCUUCAGAGAAAACUGAUGUUUUUGGGUAUGGUAUCAUGCUUUUGGAGCUUAUAACUGGACAGCGGGCCUUUGAUCUUGCUCGUCUUGCAAAUGAUGAUGAUGUCAUGUUGCUUGAUUGGGUCAAAGGACUUCUGAAGGAGAAGAAGCUGGAAUUGCUAGUUGAUCCUGAUCUGCAAACCAAUUAUGUAGAAACUGAGGUAGAGCAGUUAAUCCAGGUUGCUCUGCUAUGCACACAAGGUUCCCCAAUGGACCGGCCAAAGAUGUCGGAAGUGGUUAGAAUGCUGGAAGGUGAUGGGUUGGCCGAGAGAUGGGAUGAGUGGCAGAAAGUUGAAGUUCUACGGCAGGAGGUUGAACUUGCCCCUCAUCCUAAUUCUGAUUGGAUCGUGGACUCAACUGACAAUCUGCAUGCUGUUGAGUUAUCCGGUCCAAGGUGACUACGGCAUAAUUACAGUAAAGGAAAGUUUUUACUAGUUAUUUUUUAAGAUUAACUUUUUUUUUUUUUGUUAAUUUGAUGACCAUAUCCUGAUUUAUGUCUCCUCCUGUAAGCCCAGUCCGCAUUGUAUUCAUUACAUUUUGUGCAUGUUUAUGUGAGUCAGCUUCGUUGAGGUGCAA